UAAUUUUUUGAGAUGCACCUGUACAUAUUAGACAAGCUGCGGGCCAAAAUUCAUCCAUCACCCGGACUUUGGACACCCCUGGUGUAAAUUAAAAAAAUACAACGAGAAUCCAUCAGUGUUCUGUAACUUUUAAUUAGACAAGAGAUUAGAAAUUUUACUACUUCCUUCGAGGCUUAAAGGGAGUUAUACACAGCCCCUGUGAUGUACGCUGUUAUGUUUUGAUUAAAUCAACUAUGGCCUAACUUAGUCAUUUAUUCUUGGGUUUUCAGCAUCCUGGAAAGGGCAUGGACAUUCGCAAAAGAAAAAUCUGGGACAUGUAUGGGCCAGGCACUCAUCUAGAGGAAAAUGCCAUCACACCCAGCAAUGACUUCCUCUUCCCCACCACAGAUUGGCUGAUUGGAAACCACUCAGAUGAGCUUACACCAUGGAUCCCUGUAAUAGCAGCCAGAUCAUCUUACUCAUGCCGCUACUUUGUGCUUCCAUGCUGCUUUUUUGACUUCUGUGGGAGGUACCAACGCAGACAAUGUAAGAAAUCUCAGUAUAAGGAGUACAUUGACUUCGUCACUGAUGUCAGCACAUUGUGUGGCUUUUACACAGAGGAGGACUGUCUGAGGAUACCCUCCACUAAACGUGUGUGCAUAAUAGGCAAAGGAAGGAGGUACAGAGAGGCCGAAGAGGCUCUGGUAGAGAAGCGGCGAAGUGAUUAUAUCAGGAGGCGUGAAGCUUUAUUCACAAGCUCAGGGGUCAGUAUGAAUGUCAAUAAACAUGGCCAUUAUAGACCUGAUCACAACGACAAUGGACAGAAUAUCUCAACCCCAGUGAAAGACUGGGUAAAUGGCUUCCAACCAAGAGAAAAGACACAGACCAUUAGGAACUGCGCAGCCCUUCCAAGGGAUUUUGUGGAUGCAGUGGUUCUAAGGGUAGCAAAGGCCUUGCUGAGUCUGACUGAGAAGAACACGGAGAGCAGCAAUUGUGGUGAUGCUUGGAACACAGGAGGUAGUUUUUUGAUUAAUGAAGUAGUCAACCUCCUGGACCAGUCUUCUCUGCAAGCACUAAAGAAAGAGUGUGGCGGUCUCCAGACUCUACUGAAAAACAACCACCAGGUGUUCAGAGUGGAGGGUGGAAGGGUCUUUAUUCGGGACUGGAGGGUGCAUACACUGGCACAAAGCUCUAGGGUGACCUCCAAGCGCAGACCCCCUCCCUCAGGUGCCCUGAAGACCCGGCUUUGCUGGUUCCACACCCACCAUCCCCAAGGAUGCCCUCUGCCCCGUGAGCACUGUGCCUUUGCUCAUGGAGAGAUUGACUUGAAAAACCCCCAAAGAUGAUUCUGACCUAAACAGUGGCUCUAUUAAUAUCACGUGACCCUGACAUUUAGAAAAAAUAUAUAUACUCAAAGAUAUUUUAGUUUCAUUUUUAAUUUUCCAGGAUGCACCUUUUUAUUAGAUAUGGUUUAUUUUUACAUGUAUGAAAGUAACUAAAUGUUUUUUCUGUUGUACAAGAAACAUGUCAAAUUAAACAUGCCCAGUUGCGUCCAGGCUUAAUAAAUCCAGAACUGUGUAAUGAGAUGCCCCAACUGGAGCGUGAACAGGCAUGUGUUGGGAGAGGGAUUUGCCGUGUAAAUGUUAGAAGCAUGAAUAAUUUAGAGGGCCAAGUGGGGGGGUUGGGCCACCUCUGGGUCACUGCCCUCUGCUUAAAUGUCAGCGGACAGGAUGUUCCUCUUGUAGAAGUCACUUGAGUCUCUAGGUGUGCAUUAUGGAUGUACAUUAAUAAGUCUGAUUGAUCUAAACAGAACAAACAUUAGAUUAGGUCACAGUCACUGUUACAUCCCAGUCUAGGGACAAUGUGGGAAACUUUCAUUUAUUGUAGGAGUAUUUGAUCAACUUCACAAGCUUCAGAAAUGAGUAUAUGCCAAAGUAAAACCAAAACAGAAACUUCCUGUCUAGUCAAAGCAGGAGAAAACUUAUUUCAAAAUAACAGGCACCUAUCUCCUAUAAAUAGUGGCAUUUAUCUAUUAAAAUCUUACAGAUUACCUUUUAAUACCAACAUAGUAAUCGUAGAAAGAAAAGAUAAAAAAAAGAACUAAAAAGUACAACAAUUCAGAUGGACACUGACAUACAUAACCUCGUUUCAGCAAAUCACAGAAACGCGUUUUAAAAGAUGUGAUGACAACUGAGGAGCCAGUUCGCUUUCCUAGAUAAUUAAAUGGCAUGUGUAAAUUAUAUAACUGAAUUUAAAUUUUCAUUUUGCAUUAAAUGUUGCAUAUAUGUAUGGGAAAAUUUAAAUAUAGAAAUGCAUUGCCAUUUUACAUAUUUCAUUGUCAUUUUGCAUUAUACAUUUCAAAAUGAAUUUUGCUGCCUAUAUGCUUCCACAGGAAUUGAAGUCUGGGCUUCAUUUGUUUUUCUAUAGUCAAAGGAAUUGUAAACACACUUGACACAAAUUAAGCAAACCAGACAAUUGUUAAAUCUGGGUUAGAUUUAACAAUCCAAAGUUAAAUCUGGGUGAGUAAAGGUGUGAAUGCACCUGGCCUUGCCUUUACUGCAUAGUGUAGGCUGUCUACUUUAAAUACGUUUUUACAAAUAUGCAUCUCACAGUUGUGGCAACAAGCGAGACUAUACAAAUGAAGUCUGUACUGAAUAAAUGACUGUAUAAGACACUGCGUUAGCUUUUGCAGCUGCAGAAAGGAGAGUCUGAAGUUAUAACUGGCUGUAAUGUGGGGUGUGUUUGUGAGAAGAAACAGGAAACCAGUGUGAACAUUCUGAGGUCACUGGCUCUGUUCUUGGCUGUGGAUGUCUGAAAUGAGGUGUAAAAAUUCUCUCUCUUUUUUUUUUUUUUUUUUUUUAGUGCAAUGAAUAGCUAUUUUUACUAUUGUUUUCUAUUAAUGUUAACAGUCAUCUUCUUUUUGUCCCAUUAGUCAGUGGAUUGUUCCAGAUCCUCUGCAAACAUGUACAUGCACAGUACAUAUAAUGAUGCUGGCAGGCACACAGAUGGACUUUUCAUUUCUCCUAGCUAAUGGUUAGUGAAAGUCACACCAAGUUAAAUGUCAUAAAGUUGGUAAAUUGAGUUCUUCCAUUCAGUUCCACUGAUUUGAACCAUAACAGAUGGCAUUUUCACUCUGAUGAGUAAUCGGCACACCACAAUUUAGAAGCUUAAUUAAAUUAAUAAAUAUUUAAUAAUAAUGCAUGAUGUAUUUUAUCUGUUGAUGCUGCUAAAUAUAUUCAGCCACCACAUACUUGUUGCUCCUGUAGUUAUGUUACUCUGAAUUUACUCUGCAUCCCUUAAUGCACAGGUCUAUUUGAUUUCAGAUUGUCAGAUAGUUAAUUCCGUCCAUUACUACGGUGUUUAUAACUGUUAAUCAUACUCCAGAACUUCACAGUGAGGAGUGUUUCUACAAGGUCACAGUCUUCAAGUCAAGUCAAGUCACCUUUAUUUAUAUACCGCCUUUAACAAUACAGAAUUCUGACAAGGUGGCUGUACAGUAUUAAAUAGGAAACAGUACAUCAACAAUGCCAAAGGCAACAGUAAACACUCACUUUUUAGGUAAAGGUAGUUAAUCAAAAACAAUAAAAUAAAAUGCAAUAUUGUGUUAAGAGAAAGUGUCCCCAACUAAGCAAGCCAGAGGCGACAGCGGCAAGGAACCAAAACUCCAUCGGUGACAAAUGGAGAAAAAAACCUUGGGAGAAACCAGGCUCUGUCGGGGGCCCAGUUCUCCUCUGGCCAAAGUUCCCGUGGUCUUGUGCCGACAGCCGUCUAGGUGAUGUGGUCUUCACUGUGGAUCCGUCUCUGGGGCUCAUCUAGUUGAUGUGGACUCCGCUGACAUUCAGGGCUGUAGAGGUCGUCUCUAGGUGCUGAUCCACCAUCUGGGCUGGGUUCGGACUGGAUCCGGGGGACUGCAGUGACCAUUUGAUCUGGAUACGGACUGGAUCUGGUGGUUAAUGUGACCUCGGAAUAAGAGAGAAACAGACUAAUAUUAGCAUAGAUGCCAUUCUUCUGACGAUGCACUGAGUACAUCGGGUGUUAUGGGAAGUGUUCCCGGGUCCGGUUGAAUUCCCGGUUCCGGUUCUUCCUACUUCCUCUCUUGUAUUUUCUGUCUUUCUUCUUUCUCACUACAUUGCAUCACUCUAUUCUUUUUUUGUUCUUGUUUAUUUAAAAAAGUACGUUUUUCUAUCCAAACCGGGCAUGACAUUACUUUCUUAUUUUAGAAUUUAAAACAUUGCAGAUUUCAAUUUAUAACAUUUUUUUGUUUGAAAAGUGUACUUUAUGCCCUUUCUUUAAAAUAAUUCAGCCACUUGGUGAUAUUUUGUAUCUAAUUCAGUUUUAUUCAGAAUGUCCUAACGCUUUUUAGGGCCCACUGUUGAUCAUGUUAUGCCUUGGGCAAAUGGAAGAAGCAAAAAUUAUAUUUUUGCACAAACAAUGGCAAAUGCCUGUAUGUCUGUUCAGCCAAAGACCCUUCACUUGUUUUCUGUGUGUCUAGCUGACAGGUAUCUUUCUCACCUGGGCCAAGGAUGAAUUGUUUUGAAUCUCAGGUUGAAUCUGACGCAUUGAAAGACAAAUUAGCAUUCUUGGGCUGUGUCUGCCCUGCAUGCCAUGGCAAUCCUGCAGGUUUACCAGGCCAAGGUAUUAAAAGAUCUGCACAAGGGUGUUCCCAAUCCAGAGCUGCUGCAGGAACUGCGUUCUGCAACCGACUGCUCUCUCGAGCUACGAAGGUCACAGCGCAGGCUCUGGGGAGGGCGAUGUCCACAUUGAUGGUCCAGGAGCGCCACCUGUGGCUAAACCUGACCGAGAUGCGAGAUGCUAAGAAAGUUCGCUUUCUCGACGCUCCCAUUUCUCAGGUUGGUCACUUCAGCGACACCAUGGAAGAGUUUCUUAGCAGUUCUCCACGGUGAAAAAGCAGAUGGAGGCCAUCAAACACAUCAUGCCUUGACGUACCUGCCAGAACAGCUCAGGCCCCGCAACAAGUCGGUCCUGCAGGUAGACCCGCCCAACGGUCUAGUUCUUGUAGGAAGGUGGCACCACCAGGCCGUCCACAGGCUACAAGGAAGCUGCCUCUCAGGCUUCAAAGUGUUCCUGAGACAGGCAGCCCAGAGGAGAGGGACCAGUUGACCUGCCAGGAUCCACACUCAACGAGGGGACGAGCGUUGGAUUCGGCUCCAUCCCGGCUGUAUAAAAGAGCAAUUUCCUUCUUCUCUGUGCCUUAUUCACAGCGUUCCUGGCCUUCCACAGGACGGUCGGACGCCGUCUUCUCCAACCAGAACAUGUCAUGGUACACGUCUUGUGUUCCCUCAUGUUCUGAAACGUCGAAUUCGUUCAGACGAUCUUCUGGGCACGAACGAUCCUUUGACCGGUUCUUACCGAACGAAUUCAGCAAGCAAAACUUUUCAUCUCCAGCCACAGGAUAUUUUGUUCCAACCAGCCAUAAUCCCCCCACUCCAGGUACGUCAGGUGUAACUCCUUUGAGACCCCUAGCAGAGAGCUUUUUAGAUCCCAGUCCCUAUCGCUGGCUUCUCAGGACCAUUCGAGUUGGCUACGCAAUUCAAUUUGCAAGACGUCCGACCAAGUACAGUGGCAUUCACCUCAGUUCAAGGCGAGAAUGCUACAGUCCUCUGGGCAGAGAUUGCAGUUCUUCUGGCGAAGGAUGCGAUAGAGCCUGUCCCCUCAGCCGAAAUUAAGCAGUGGUUUUACAGCCCCCGAGAAGGGUGGUGGACUCAAACCAAUCUUAGAUCUGAGGAUUUUAAAUCGGCUCUUCACAAGCUCCCAUUCAAAAUUUUAACCCUUAAACACAUCCUCACGUGUCAGGGUUCAAGACUGGUUUGUGGCAAUAGACUUGAAGAACACGUACUUUCAUGUCUCGAUCCUUCCAAGACACAGGCUGUUCCUGCGGUUUGCCUUCGAAGGUCGGGCUUAUCAGUACAAGGUUCUCCCUUUCGGCCUAUCCCUGUCGCCCCGUGUUUUUACGAAGGUCGUGGAGGCUGCCCAUGCCCCUCUCAGGGAAGUGGGCAUACACAUUCUUAAUUAUCUCGACGACUGGCUUAUCCUAGCACACUCACAAAAAUUGGUUUGCACCAACAGGGAUGUCGGUCUCAACCAUCUAGCCUGAUUGGGACUUUGGGUCAACAGGGAAAAGAGCAAACUCUCCCCAGCACAGAGUAUAUCUUUCCUCGACUCAGUGAAUAUGACUGCACCUCUUUCCCAAGACAGUGCACAGUCAGUGCUGAGGUAUGUAAGAGCACUCAGAUUCAGAACAGCGGCUCCCCUGAAAUAUUUCCAGAGGCUCCUGGGGCACAUGGCAUCCUCAGCCGGAGUCACACCACUGGGCUUGAUGCAUAUAAGACCGCUGCAGCACUGGCUUCAUAUCCGAGUCCCGAGAUGGGCAUGGUGUCAAGGCACGUAUCGUGUGAACGUCACACCUUUGUGUUGCAAAAAAUUCAGCCCUUGGGGAGACAUUUUGUUUCUACAGCCAGAGUUGCCCUUGGAACAAGCGUCCAGACGCACUGUUGUCACAACAAAUGCUUCCAAGACAGGCUGGGGCGCUGUACGCAAUGGGGUCUACCCUAGGUCUAAGCUUAAUAUCAUGCCUAUGAACUGCAUGGAUCAGACAGGCCUCAGCAGGGGUCACAUAUUAGCAAUGGAAACAUAUGUAAUAUAGAGCAUAAAGACACACUUAUUUGUUGAAUUUGAAAGUUCCUUGUUAUCUUGAAUGGCAUAUUUUAAAGAUGAGCAAGGCAGUCCUUAUUAUCUGGUGUGACCAAUACAAAGGCCUGUUUGACCUAUGUGCAUUUGGGGGGUAUUAAACCUAAGACCUUGUUAUUCCUCCUAGAAAUCAAUUUUUUCAGAUCUGUGGCUCCACCUUCUGUAAACACAGAACCAGCUAGGGGUUUCAAAUUUGACAAAUCAGUUUGUUACCAAUCCCUGUAUCAAUACGUGUCCUAUUCCAACAUUUUCUAAUGUAAAUGGUGUGCACCCAUCAGCCCCACCUCACACAAUGCUGUCACCAUAGUUGGUCUUGAAUUUGGUCACUUAAAUUUGCACUGUUUCUUAUUUGAGCUUAAUUGAACUGUUCAAUAAAACAAACUUGUAGUAAGAAGCUGGUUGGUCAGAAUGAUAUUACAUAAAUAUUUAUAACAUUUAUUAAAUACCUAGGUAGCUUAGCACAAGCAGUCUGUAUCUAAGUACCUCACAGUUAACAGUAAGUUAACAAGCCCACCACGGCCAUAGUAAGAUGUUAAUAGACUUCUGAACACUGAACAACAUGGUGGUAAAAUGGCUGGACAAUUAUGCUAAAGCUAAGACAUGAGACAUGCGUAUAUCACAUGUAAGACACAGUUAUUUACAGCAUCUAUGUUGACUAUUCUAUUUUAACUCUAUUCUUAAAAAAAAGUCCCUUUCAGACUUGCACUCUAUUCAUUUACUGCUUGUUUUCUUUAAAAAUAACAAAAAAACAAAAACAAAAAAAAAAACACUAGCUUUGUGUUUUAUUUGUAUUUAUUAUAUAAUUAAAAAAAACACAUGCUACAUAUACUGUGUUAAGUGAGACGUGUUAAGUGAGACUUGUUAUAGCAUGUGCAUAUCAUUGCUCUAGUUGAUUUUGAUUGCUUCCAUUGUCCUCAUUUGUAAGUCAUUAAAUAAGUCGCUGAAGUCUGCUAAAUAACUAAAUGUAAAUGUAAAUGUAAACAAUGACCAUAUUUAGGACAGAAUCAGCUCUGAGACAUUUAUACUACAAAUUUCCACCUGUCACGUCUGUAUUUGGAUGAGCUUCAACAAAAACAGCAUUUUGUAUUAGUCUAACGCAAUGUAAUGUAGUUGCUGUAAUAUCCAUAAAGUAGUCUUGGUGUUAGUCAUUCAACUACUCAUUGUCAGACUAUGAGUGUUUAAAUGUGGUACAGCUGGAACAAUUAGGCCUAGCAUACAGAGCAGAUAAAACAUAACAGCAAAAAGUACACUACACAGCUUUUAUUUAUAUAGCCAUUGCUAAGUACAUCAGUAUUUAGCAGUUACGGGGGUGGUGGGCACUCUUCAUCUUUAUCUGACACUAGGGAUGUGACGAUCUGUGUCUCGCGAGAUCUUGUGACGAUAUCCUCCCAAAACAUUUUGCAGUGUUUACAUUAGAGCUGCCUAAUUAAUCCUUGAAAUCUUAUUCUGCGAUCUUAUUCCUGAAUGUCAACGAUUUAGCUAUGUGUAUUAGGACUGUUUCACAUCACGAGUGUCAGUGGAGCAUGAGAAGCACGUUUCGGGGUAAAUGUGAAGGCAGAAAGAGCAACACAAACAGUCUUUUCAACCACAUUAUAAUCAUUAUUUCUGUGUUACAGACAUUUAAAUAAUAGAAGUACUGGGAUAAAAGUUUAUAGUUUGGGUAUAAACACUUAUUAUUACAGUAGCGAUCAAAACGAAAGUGUCUUAAGACUUGUAUGUAUAGUAACGCUUAUUAUGGAGAUAAAAUAAUGCCAUAACGAUUUGCAUGUGAAGAGUACGUGUUGUGCAAGUGUACAUAAGACUGUAAGCGUAAAUUAAAUUUGCAUGCGCAAGAGAAGCUUUGUAAAAGUGUAAAUCGUGUUUCAAGCGUAAAAAAAAAAAAGAUUUGCAGCAUUUUACUGUUACUCGUAAGUGUAAUUCAUGUAUUGUGAAACUGCAGCUUCAUGCUUUAGCAAAAUAAAUACGAUCUGCAUUCUUCUGACUUCCAUUUCUCCGCGCUUACACUUUUGGCACGUUCUUUUCGCUAAAAUACGGCCAAAAGCACUGCAAGCCUGUGAACAGUGAUUUGCACACGAAAACAACAGUUUAAAGAGCUGCAAAACGGAUUGACUGCGUAGAACCAAUCUGUAUGUGUAAAAACAAACUUGCAAAUUUCUAAAUGACUUGUUGUGUAUGUAGGGCACAAAGUUGCUGAAAUAAUCCGAUAUGUACAGCUCCGUCUUUCUUUUAUCUGUGCUUACACUUUUGGCACGAUUCUCUCACUCGCUGAGUUUUGCAAGCGUGAGGCGGAGGGCGGGUCCCCCGCAUUUUUGUAGCCAAUCAAAUGAGACUCUCGCGGACUCCAUUUACUCUUAUCUGAUUGGUUCAAUAAACACAUCACACGCCAAAUCAUUUAUCUUCAUUUAGUUCUCGCUGCCGCUCGCUUCUGGUGGAAUGGUACUUUUAAUGUACACAUACGUUAAAAUAAAUAAAUAAACAACAACUUAAUUAAAACAUGAUACUUUAUAAGGUGUGUACCAUUAGGCUAGACUCUCAUGUGUUCAUCCUGAAUUGCUAGCUGGUGUUAACAUUAUUGGAUUGGUUUGGCUUUAUAUUGAAAUGCAUAUAUCAUAUAAUAUAGCCUAAUAUAUAGCUGAUGUUAAACAUUACAAAGUGAUAUGUGACAAUGCUCAACAAUAAUAUCAGAGUGCUAUACUUUUUGUAAAACCUUUUUUACUAUAACAAUAAAGCUACAUAAAUCUGAAUUUGAUGAUUUUCCAGACCAUAUCUCUGUUUGUUGUAUUUAACACUCAAUUGUAUACUUUGAAAUUUUUGAAGAUUUUGAAAAAAAAAAAUUGUAAAAUCCCCUUAAAUUAUAACGUUAAAGUGAAAAAAAUAAAUAAAUAAAUAUUAUAUUCACUAUCUUGAACCAAAUUUUGAGUCGUCCCUGAUCAGCAGACAGGUGAAAUUAUGCAUGUUAUUAUAAAUUACAAAUUAUGCUGCUAGUGCUGAUACUAGGACAUGUUUAACACUAGCACCGCCAGGGGUCGCUGUACACCUAAAAACCUCCAGCGGGUAAAUUUUACCCAAGCACGACUACCGUUUUUAUACGCCUAAAGAACGUUUUAUUUCAGUGUAUUAUGCCACUGUUUUCAUAAAGAAACAUCUAAAUAUCACAGUCAGAUGAGCUGUCAGAUGCUGACUCAGACUAAUGGCAUUUAGUGCUUCUAUGCUCUUCAGCAUCCAUAAAUCGCCUUCUUACUAAUUUUGACCUAGCAAUGUAGUUACAAUUAAAACAUAAGUAGCAAGAUAAUGACAGCACGAAAAUAUAUGCAUAAUAUAAAUGCCACGUUUUUUGAUCUUUUUUAUCUAAACCAUUUUUAGAGGAUUGUAAAUUACACCAUUUUAGUCUCCCAGUCAUUUUAGUCAAUGACUAGGAGACAUGAAUGUUUUAUUCAAAGUCUGUUAUGUAGGCUACAUUUAAAAACAGCCACGGGUAAAAUAUACCCCGUGGCAGUUUUAGUAUUAAGUAUCAUCAAAAUUACAAUAUUACAGUAAACUAUAUAUUGCCUGUUGAGGAGGAAAAGGACACAGCUCGAAAUUCAGGAUGAACACAUAGCCUGGU